CGCGGGCAGCUAUAACUAAACUGCACCAGGCCACCAGAUAACUGCAGCGCAGAAUGCGAAAUUAGAUCAGUGCGCGCAGCAUCGGCACGUCGACGCAUGGAUAUCAUGGUGCGCCCAGCUGGCGACGCGCUGCACUAUUCCACAUGCAUCCACCGUUAACAACGCGCGCUGUACAUGUGCGUGCGCCAUUUCUCUACGGCUCAACUGGCUUUUCCGGCACGCAGCGCAUUCACAUUGGCUUCGCCAGUUGAUCGUAUUGUAUUGUGCAGCGAUGAGAUGAGUAGUUCAGUUAGUUGUGUGCCUGUCCCACCGUGGGAAGCAAGGUGACUGCGUUGUACUUGUAGCUGAUCAGCGAUAAGGGCGCUUACUAAUUUGUUAUGCGCGAUAUGAUCGUCCGUCGUCGCUGACUGUUUUAUAUGUAUGCGGAUUAAUUGUUGUGCGAAGCGGCGACGUGUUUUUGGCCACAGUGCUCACCGGAAGUGCGCGCUGGAUGCGAAGGGUCUGAUGAUCGGGUCUGGAUAGAGUUAUUAGCCGCGUCUCCUAUUACUGUGAUUAGCCCGCAGCACUGCAGUGCAUACUACAGAUCCCGCAAUUAGCCGCCACUUGUCGGAUCCGGAUGCCCAUCUGCCGCAGCACCGGCAGAAUAUCUUAAUCAGCCUCAACAUGGCCAGAUUCAACUGGAGUAAAUGCCGGUGGUGUAUACACAGGAUGGCGCUGCUGCUCGUCCUGCUCCUGACAAACGAAGGAGUGCCCAGCGUGGACGCCAUUCAGUGCUACGUGUGUGCGCCGGUGCCGGAAAUCCUGGAAACCUGCGUGAACGUGGAGGACGCGGAACUGGAGGCCUGCUCCGUGGCGCACGAGGUGUGCCACCUCGUCGUGACGAAGCAGGUGCUGCCGCAUGGAAAAGAGGUGGUGACGGAAGUGUCCCGCGGCUGCGGCCGGGCGCCCAACACGCCGCCGGCCAGUGUUCCGGUGGACGGGCGGGGCUGCCAGAACCACGCCAACGGCAGUCUGCAGGUGUGCCACUGCGCCCGCGACAGCUGCAACGCGCAAUUAGUGGAGGAGCCCGCCAGUAGCAGCGCCAGUGGCAGCCCCUCCACGGCCACCACCGCGCCCCUCACCCUGGGCACGGCCCGCUCCCCCACCGUGCAGGAAGGCCGGGAGGAUCUGCCCAAGGUCACCAGUCCGCUGGUCACCACGCAGCAGUCCAGCAGCGCUUCCGCGACUGCCCGGACGCCCUUCCUAGGAGUUACGGCGGCGACAGUCCUUUUUCUGACCUGUCUCAGGAGGAGAUAACCGGACGGGAUCCUUUACAUGCUGACCAUGUUGUUGUUUGCAGCGCCUUGGAAGUUUCAGAGUAACUAACUGUUCAGCAGAGUUUGUCUACGCUCCUUUCACUUGUCGUCCCGGUGCGAUGAAACGGAAUUCGAUAGCAGAUUAUUCAUCUUUGCAUAUUUGAUAUAGUUUGGCUGCUGUUUAUUUUGUUGCCUACUUUAUACUGUUGAGUUGACUGUUGUCUGUUGAUCGUCUAAUGCCCGUGUAAGUGUGCGUUUAGUUCAAUGGUUUUGUUAUAAAAUGUUGCUCAUCA